AAAUUUGGAACGAACUCACCAAAAAUGACAAAGACCUAAAUAUGAAAUCCUUAAAAAAAAAAUUAUCAGACGACAUGGUCGCCACCUAUUAACCCACUCACAUCUUCACCUGUAACCCAUACCAUCACCUAAUUCUUGGCCAUAUAUUCCUUCCUUCCUUUUGUUUUUGUUUCCGCUCUGCUUGUACCAGCUUGUAUUCUUGUCGUAUCCUUGUUGUAUCCUUGUCGUGUCUCUAUAUUUGUGUUUUUCUCGUACAUUCUUGCUUAUGCACACAGCCUCCAGAUCUUCAAACUAGGAUUUUUCCCUAACAUUUAAGUGCACCCUAGCCCGUUUAGCGUUCAAGCUAUUCUAGGGUGCCCGCACCGAAGCAUUGUCCCCCCUUGGUAUGCAACUCUAGGUUUUUUUUCUCCUCUCCCUCUCAAUAAAUACAUGAAUAUAAAAAGAAAAAAAAGAAAAAGAAGAGUAAUAUUAUAUCUCUAAUGAAAAAAAAAACAACCUAUGUAACACUUAAUUUUGUGUGCAAAUAAAAGAUGUUUGUUGUUGUUGUUGGAGGAAUCCUCACCGUAUGAGGGAAGGAAGUGUGGAGCGAAGUCGUCAGGAGGUGGUGGAUCAUUAUCUGUCAGAUGUAUUGCUUUACAAGUCGUCGUUGCUGCGAGACCUUCCUGAUCUGGGGAACAAACAAGCCUUCCCUGUCCUGGAAUCUGGGGGAGGAUACCAGCUGUUAUUGUACCAUCGAAGUUGCCCAGAUCGAGGGUUCCACAAGCUGGAAGCCCUGAACAGCGUUGGCAGGCUAAAAUCACUAGCAUGCAAGUGCACAAUUUAUAUAAGGCCUCUUCAAGUUGAUAUCUUGAAGUUGGCCUUAUCCGGUCAACCUACUACCGUCCAACAGCCAUCACCUUCAGUAAGGUGCUUAAAAUGUUUCGAGGAAAUGCCAAUGGACAUGCUGAAAGAACAUAGGCAACUGAAGAGAAAGGCUCAGGAGACUUUGACGACAAUGGAAGGGCUACAUACUUUGUCAGUGACUCUGAUAAGACUGGUCUCUCGUCAGAUGAGAAACAUGCACAUCGUAAGUGGGUGGUCGACAACUUCAAUUCCACAAGCGGAGAAGACCACCGUACCCUCUCCAAGAUUAAAGAAGUGAUAACAAUUAUAUGAUUAUAUGAGUAGUGAGGAGAGUGAUGUUGAUGAUAAAGGGACCCCCAUCUUUAUGGUUAAACCACUUGCUUGGGAGAAUUCAAAGCUGAGGCAUGUAAAAAAAAAAAGCUCGACACGAGUUAGAAGAAGCACCAACGAGUGCAUUCAAGCAGUGCUUUGCAUCCCAGGGAACACUCGAGGGUGUUCUCUAAAAGAGAACAGCCCGAAGACAGUGUUACCUGGGCUGUGAAGCCAAUAACUCCACAAAGAGAUAGAUCGUCCCUGAUGAACCCAGUUCACCAUUUGACACCAAGGAACUCCCAAGACAUUUCCUUUUAAUGAUUUUUGACUCAUUGGUUUUCUUUUUUUUUUUUGGCUAUAACUAUUAUCUAUCUAUUCAUUACUUAUAUCUUGUAAAAAUUGUUCAAAUCUGCUGUCUGUUGAAUUUAUUAUGAAUUAAAGUUCAUUGUAUUGAUC